AUCCGGGGGGAGGGGUCUCCCUAGGGUGGGGGGAGGUGGUGUUUGCAGUCAGAGAGUCAAAGGCAAGUGAAGGUGGAAGGAGAGACCGAGUGGCGGAGCACGGGCAGGAAAGCCGCUGCAGACCCAAGGCAGACGAAGCGACGCACGGACAGAGGGUGCCAUGACAGAACUCCAGGAAGUGCAGAUCACUGAAGAAAAGCCACUACUGCGAGCCCCAGGAGCACCUGAUCCAGGCAAGGAUGCUGAACUGAUAACAACCAAACUUCUACAGGAAUAUGGCCAGAAACACACAGUGGAGACACCUUAUGGGGUUGUGACCAUCACCAUCCAUGGAACACCCAAGCCCAAACGUCCAGCUAUCCUCACCUAUCAUGAUGUGGGACAAAAUCAUCAUUCGUGCUUCGACACUCUCUUCCACUAUGAGGACAUGCAAGAGAUCAUAAAGAACUUCGUGGUGAUACAUGUGGACGCACCUGGCAUGGAGGAGGGGGCCCCGGCCUUCCCUCUGGGGUAUCAGUAUCCUUCUUUGGACCAGCUGGCUGACAUGAUCCCCUGCAUCUUGCAAUAUGUCAACUUCACCAGCAUCAUUGGAAUUGGAGUUGGAGCUGGAGCGUAUAUCUUGGCACGCUACAGUCUCUCCCAUGCAGACACUGUGGAGGGUUUGGUUCUGAUCAACAUUGACCCCAAUGCCAAAGGCUGGAUGGAUUGGGCUGCUCAUAAGCUUACCGGCCUCACCUCCUCCAUUUCUGAGAUGAUCCUAGGACAUCUCUUCAGCCAGGAGGAACUUUCCAAGAACACUGAGAUGGUGCAACAACAGCGGGAUAUCCUGAGUCAUGCUACAAAUUUACCCAACAUUCAACUCUACUGGAGUAGUUACAACAGCCGCAGAGAUUUGUGCUUGGAACGUGGAGGGGAUAUCACCUUCAAAUGUCCUAUCAUGCUGGUGGUGGGAGACCAGGCUCCACAUGAAGAUGCUGUGGUGGAGUGCAAUUCCAAACUGGAUCCCACUCAGACUUCUUUCCUCAAGAUGGCUGAUUCAGGAGGACAACCACAACUGACACAACCUGGGAAACUGACAGAGGCAUUCAAAUACUUUGUGCAAGGAAUGGGUUAUAUCCCUUAUGUACUGGACAAGAAAUUGAGUCAGGGUGGCCUCGUCCUGCAUGACACGCCUCUCUCGCUCCCGCACCGCCUCUCUGUCCAGCGCCACCUCGGGGGACGGGAAUCGCUCCCGGUCUCGCACCCUGUCCCAGAGCAGCGAGGCAGGAGCCCCGCAGCCACCUGCCCCCACCAUGGAGGUGUCCUGCUGAGCUCCGAGCCAGGGGAUGAGACCGCCUCCCACCUCUGAACAGGACUCCUUCUGCUAUCCCACAAUGCACUCCGGCCACUGGGCCAGGUGACGAUCUCCCCUAACGGUACUAAAAGUCCAAGGAGGCCCAGAUGGGAUGCAACUUUACUCUUUUUAAAACAAACAUUAACUCCCCCAACCUUUAAAUCCAGCACAUCAUAUCGACCUUCCUUACCAACCCUGCCUUCCUUUCUCCCGUAACUUAAAGCUAGUGUUGUCAGCCUUUGAUAUCUAUAGUGAUCCUCAGUACCUAGGGAGGUAGGGAUGGAAGACUACACGUUUUCUAAAUUAUCAGAUAAUCAGUAUCUCCUCUGAUGUUUCCCUUUGCCCUCCAAUUCUCUUGCACAUGUAGAUUCCUUGAUAUAAGAGACCUGGAUUAUCAUUGGGCUUUGUUUUUUCCCCCCCUGUAUAAUCAUAACUAACCCUUGUUAUUCCCCCUAAAUCUUGAGCGAUAUAUUCUUGGAGUAGCCGGAUGGCAUCUCAUUGCCUUGCAAGCUCUCUUUUGUCCCCUCCGGAGUGUACAUAGGAGGAAAAUAAAAAUAAAAAGCAGGACCUCACAAGUGAGACGCACAAGCCUCAGUUAGGACUUGACUUGCUACUGUCAUGCUAACCUAGUGCUCCCAAACAGGAGUUGCUUUUCCUCCACCCAAUUCAUUUCUACCCUUGUACUUGUCUGGCUUGGUCUCAUCUCUCCUGAUUCCAUCCAUCUAAAUAGUCUUUGAGGUUCUGGUUCCUUCCAGAGGCUUAGAUGUAUUUUUGUUUUCAUUCAUCUUUUAAAAUAAAACUAGAUUCUUCAUUCCCCUCCCCUCCUCUAUGAUCUCUCUUGGCUUUUAUUUUUUAUAGCUUUCCCUCCUCCUGUGCAUAUACUCUUCCCUGAUCAAAGGCUACAUUUCCUCUUUUUUGUCUUCCUUCCCUUCCACUUUCAUAGAUGGUAGCUGCUUUGUGGUGUGCAUGCACAGUUCCUGCUAAGAUAGCAACUGUUUUCUGCGAUUGGGGCAUUGGGAGGCUGGGCAAGAUUGAAAUGGGGGGCAUUGGGGAGGGUGGGAUUGUUCCUUUUGGGAAAUGCUGGGGGCAGUGGGAAGCUUGAGACAGAUUGCACUGUUGCAGCUGUGCCAGGCACAAAUGACAAUAGCCAAUGCAUCUGUGGUUUCACACAAGGAGAUGAAAGGAGACUCAGACCGUCAUUGGCUGUGAUUUUUUUUCUUUUUCUUUGCACCAAGCGCUGAUUUAGUGGGUUCUGGCUGUUGGCUUUGAGCAGGGCUCCAGUAGUGCCAUGGAGGAGGAACUCCUGUAAUCGGAUUCUGACUAUAUCAGUUCUUUUGAAUGUUACCAGCUGUAUUAAAGACCUAAAUGCUUAGAUGAUGUUCGCUAUGUUGAUCUCACAAAAUAAGGAAUGCAUGAUAUUUUAAGUGGUCAAACUUCUAACUUUGGACCAGCUGUUGAAGGUGGGGGUAUCAGUAUGUAAGGUUUUUAAUGGUAUACAGUCUUGAAUAGGGCCAUAAGGCCUCCAGUGGAACCAGAAAGGUGUUGGUCCAACUAGAAGAUAUCUUACUUAUUCCCUAACCUGAACAGGCACUGGGAGUUAAUUGCUCAGUUGCCUAUAAAAAGGGGCAUUGUUUGAAAAGGACUCCAGCUGGAGUUUUAACUCCCACAUGUAAUGGGAUCCUUGUAUUUGAGAAUGUGUGGGCUCUGCUUUAUUUUUCCCAGAGCAGUCAAUGGUGAAUCCCUACUCUUAACAAUAAAAAUCUCUAGAGGAA